GCUGUGAAAAGGCCUACAAAUAAAGACACUGUACUAAACGUUAUUGCACGAGAUUUAAUUUAUGGACAGUAUUGCUGAUAUUGACUUUCAAUUGUUCUGAUCUCUACCAAUAAAUCAUACGACGUUUGAUUGAGAAUAUUGUUAACGCGCCUUUUUACCAGUAAACCAUGUUCACGUUCAAUUUCAAACUGAUCAUUGUAAUUUAACAAAUUAUAGACGUAUGAUGAACGAUUAUGUGUUAUCUGGUUAUUCACUAGAAACAAGAAAGAAAAUUUAUUGUUAAUCACUCCAUUCCCUAAUUGAACUAUGAAAAUUCAUCAAACAAAUCGAAUACAGAAGACUAUACAUUUAUUCUUCGAAAUAAUUCGUUUCCAUUAAAUCAAAAUCAUUUUCAAUUAGAGUUCGAUGUUCAUGAUAAGUUAAAUCAUAAUAUUCAAAAUGGAACAAUUGACGUUGAUGUUGUUCGACAUAAUUCACCAAUAUUUCGUGUAAAAAAUUAUACGUUUACUAUGACACCAAACACAUCUCAAAUUGGUACAAUAUUGGCUUAUCCGUAUGAUCAGAAUAGUCGACUGGUUUAUGAAUUAUUGAACGAAAAUGACAAUAAUUUUUCAAUCGAUUUUGAUAAUGGAACUAUAUUUGCUGUGAAAAGGCCUACAAAUAAAGACACUGUACUAAACGUUAUUGCACGAGAUUUAAUUUAUGGACAAAAUUCAACAAUAAAAGUAUUAGUCAAAUCUAACAAUAAUAACGAUGAUGACAUCAAAUUUCAGUCAAAUAUUUAUUACACGGAAAUGCCGGAAGUUAUGCCACCUGGAUCAACGAUCUUAAAAAUAACUACAGUAUCUCAGAGAGACGAUAUUCGAUAUCAACUAUUAGAACAUAAUGAAAAUUUAUUUCAUAUUGAUGCGAUAACAGGCAUUAUUACCUUAACAAAUUGGUUACAUUAUGAGUUACAAUCAUUUUAUUCAUUUUAUGUUCAUAUUAUUAACAAUUCAUCGUUUAGUCAAGCAAUAAUCGAAAUUGACGUAAAAGACUAUAAUAAUCAUGCACCAAUAUUUAUUAAUUUAAAUUCUCAUAUUGAAUUAUCUAAAAUAUACAUUGAAUCCCAACAAUCAGAGGAGAAUAAGAAAAUAUUUGUUACAAAGUUAACCGCAUAUGAUUUAGAUCAGAAUCAAUUAAUGUAUCAUCUUAUGGAAAAUAGUGAUGAAAAUUUAUUUGAAAUUAAUAGUCAAACAGGGAUAAUAAUGCUGAUUACUCAUCAACAACAAUUUUUGUCAUCUCGAUACGAAUUAAAAGUGGGUGUUACAGAUGGUUUGUACGUCACAGUCGCUCUUCUAUCAAUUUCUAUCAGUGAUUAUUCUCUAAAUCGUCCAACAUUUGAUCAAACGAUGUAUACAUUUAAAUAUCGUGUGGAAUCUGUUAAUGAAAAUGAUAUUAUUUACAAACAAUUAGGACAAAUUCGAGCAAUAGACAAAGAUAAUGGAGACGAUUUAAAAUAUGAAUUGAUAGAAGAGCGACUGUGA